CCUCCCUUGGGCACUAGUGGUGGGACUGGUCAUAAGGACGCGACGCGGGCACAGUUGCUCAUUGAGACGCCAGUCACCAUUGAGAAAGGACUUUCGUCGCUUCUGUCUCUGUGUUUGUCUAGUGGUGCUAACAGGAUUACGACACAGUCUACAGAAUGAAGGUGUUGUGUCUGCUGGGAUGCUGGCUCGCCCUAGUGGCGGUGGCACAAGCCGGCAACGCUGUUAACAUUAUGCCUGGAGUGGCGCCCAUCUUCUUCCCUGGUCAACCCAUUCCUGACCCUGGUCAACCCAUACCUGACCCUGGGCUUGAGCUGCCGGAGGACCUCAACUCGCUCGACAUGGUCAGCCUCUCCCGUCUCAACUCCAUCAGAAACAUCUCAGAAUUUGCCAAGCUCUUCAAACUGGAUCUGCCCAGUGACGGCCCCAGCAACAGAACCACCAUCACACUUAGAGUUGGGGAUCUAGCUGGAAGUACCUCCAAGAAGGCCACUAUGGCAAACUGUGUCCCGGAGAUGACGACGGUGAGUCUGAACCUGCCCACCGAGUCCAACGUCAUGUACUACCCAACCUGUGUUAGGCUGGAACAGUGUGGAGGAUGCUGCUUCGGUCCUCAUCUUACCUGUCGCCCCAAGACCACCGAGGUUGUUAAGUUCAAGGUGUUGAGGACAGUCAUGACCAACUCUGUCAGGCGUCGUAGUAACCGUCGUCGCCGUCAGAACGAAGCGAGUUACCACGAGGUAGAGGUGAUCAAACACACUGACUGUGAGUGUGGCUGCAAGAUCCAGGAGCAAGACUGUAUAGCCUCCAUCCAAACUUACAACGAGGCCGAGUGUUCCUGCGUCUGUAAGAACAGGGACGAAAAGGCAAAAUGUGAGAAACAGAACUCGACCAAGUACUGGGACAACGACAGCUGCAGCUGCUACUGCCGCAAGACCCAACCCUGCGGCAGCGGCGAGAUCUUCUCCCAGGUCUCCUGCAAAUGCGAGCAACUGGCAUCAAGAAGUGGAUUCGGGUUUCCAGAGAACAACGAAGAAGGUGACCCACCGCGGAGGAUGAGAGACCGUCCACGCAAACCCAUUAGGGUGCCUCUUGAAACACAUUUUGUAUUAUAGUGUGUCCCUCACGCGACCAACAUUCUUAGGGCUUUAUUGGGGCUCCCCUUAACACACACACACACACACACACACACACACACACACACACACACACACGGUGUUUGAUAUGGAAAUGUCUCUUAGGAAAUGUCUCUUUACUUCAUUCCGGUACGAUGAUAAAUAAUCAACUGACACGUUAACACAUAAAACGCUGCGACACUCACAGUUCAUAAUAUUAUUUCCUGCAUUUAUGUACGAUACGUCACUACACAACACCUGACAUAUUAUACUGUGUAGAGGCGGAUCAUGGGGUCGACUGGGUACCCGGGAUCCUCACUCCAAUCCUCAGUGCUGUCUCUUAACGGCUCGUCUAAGGUAUAUCAAGUCAACAUAUUAUAUAAAGUAAACCUAGUGAUCCUCAACUACCCACUAUGGAUGGUGCAAACCUUACGUAUAUCCAGACCAAGAAAUCGUAGUGGAAAGAGAUAGCAGCUUAUAUCUCACGAACUUAGGUUGAUAAAAUUCAGCUAUAGGUAUGGACAAUCAUGAAAUAUAUGUGUAAGACUCAGCAUUUAGUAGUUAUAUAGAGUGAUUAAAUAAAAAACAGCGUUGCAGUUAUGAAAUUCUUGGUUCACAUCUCAACUUAGAAGACAAGAGUGGACGAACAAGUAAAACAUACAAUGAAUCAAAAGACACCAGGCAGAAUUAUUAACGGCAGUAUAGCUUGUUACCUUUUACUACACAGAGGCGAGCUGGCGUGGGGGAAUAAGAACAAAACAAACAUAUCAGUAUUAUAGAAAAAUAUAAACGGUGAGACGAGUGACACAAGGAAGAGAAUAAUGGGGAGGAUGCUGGGGAUAAACAGUAGUAGCUUAUAAGGCGAGUAUAAAGGCCAACAUUAUAAUGCAACUAUAUAUAGCUAUAGUAAAUUAUUAUAAUAGUGAAAUUAUAUAAUGGAGACAAUUCACAACACUGAAUGGCGUUGUUUGAGAUACGACAACUCACACAAAAUAACAUGAGGUGCUACUUGGCAAAGGCUUAACUUUUCAUGAAAUUAAUGCAUGUGAAAGUCAAGAGACGAGGCUAUAUUUAUUUCAAACAUAAUCUAUUUUUAAAUGUAUAUAAUUAUACUGUAUAUCAUUUAUUCUUUAUUUCUAUUGUAUUUAUACAUAACAUUUACGCCCCAGCAGUGUGUCCUUGGUGGUUAUGUUGAGGUUUCCACUGGAGGCAAAUUUUUACAUGACACACGAGGUGGAUCUGUGACUGUGGAAACUGUAUUAACGUGCGUAUCUUAGAAUGUGGAUCCAUAUCUGACCAACGGUAUACUGUAAACUGUGUGUCGACUGCCUCUGUCUGUGUGACAACCUUGUGUUAUAAGUUACUGGCUAAAUUAUGAAAACCUACGGCACCCUGAGUCAUAUCACAAAGUAAUGAUCAUUUUAUGACUUUGCAAAGUGUCAGCUACAGUAAUAUAGUUAGAUGUAACAGUAAUGCAGAAUGGAGUGGCCAUUUAUGUUCUGGUUGUCAUCUUGGUGGGAGUAGGACGCUCUGUUGUCAGGGCAGUAAUAGGGAGCUCCUCAACCCUCCCUCUGGCAACACUCAACCAUAUCAUUGUUCCAAAUAGUUAACUGUGUAUUAUUCUUAAGUCAUAUUAAAUCAUGUUAAAAUCCAAA